AUGAGAUCCGACGUCCAGCUGUCAGUUCUCAUCAUACUUUCGAUCAGAGCAAAGAUGAAGGUAUCCGCUAUGUUUGCCCUCUUGGUGGCCGUGGCGUCGGCGAUUCCUCAGGAAGGGUACAAUUACCAGGCACCAGGAGGUCAGGGAUCCCAGUUCCCUACCGGGGCGGGGCAGGCACAGUACCCCUCCGUGCCCGCCCAGUACUCCUUCCAGUGGGACGUAAAUCAUGAGCCUUCAGGGAACUUCUACGGCCACAAAGAACAGAGGGAAGAUGCCAACACUCAGGGAAGGUAAACGUCGACAAUUCAAAUGACGGUAUUGA